CAAACUCUUAAUGCUGUUUGGUUUCAUAUAAAAACAAAUACACAAAGAAAAUAUAUGUAUAUCAUAUGUAAGCUUAACAUCGGGUUACUUUAUACUGUCAUUGGUCUAAAUUACCAGCUAGAUCCUCUCAGUUAUAGGCUAUACAUUUGAUUUUAAGGCCUUCUUUGUUUAUAUGCAGGGGGGCAAAGAAAAUUCUCCUUACAUUAAUACCAAAGUGUGUCUCCAGAGAUGGACAUUUUAAAUGCUUUAAAAAGUUUGACAUAAAGAAAAAGUCAGAGGUUAUUGGUAUUCAGUCAUGCAACAGCACUGAAUCAAAGCCUUUAUAUUCAUCCUCUCUAAUUGCAUUAAUGUCAUGUGUUGUGUGUCUCCCGCGUGUUUACCAAAAAAGCUUUUCCCCCUCCUGCAGCUUGACCUCCCAUUUCUCCAGCAGGCUGCAUAAUAGCUGCAGCAGCUCAGUGUGGGCCUUAUACAUACACGCACACACACACACUGUAGGUCUACUGAGCACCAGCAGCUUUGAGCAAGGCAUUUCUCUUUACCCCGACAAACCUUCAGGGGGCUUUUUUAGCAUUUGUUCAAGUCUCUGGAAAAAAAGCAUCUGAUUCAUUUUGUAAACCAGUCCCAGAUGCCUCAGCGUGAGAGUGUGCAGCAGUGUGCAUGAGAGAAGAUCUUCUAGUUGAAGGGGAGGGAAACAAGAACAGUGUGGAUUUUUUUUUUUUUUUAAUAUCACUUUUUUUUUUUUAGGUAUGAACGCAGCGUGCGUCUCAUACUGCGAUAUGACAUCGAUGGAUUCAUAUUAUAGCACGUCUACUGCUCCAGGUAGUAGGGAGCACCAGGUGAACAACCCGUUCAGGACUUUCACGACCACUGAGAGCAACAAAUACAGCAGCAGCACGUUCAUCCCGGGGAAAGGGCAACAGGGCUACGGAGAAAAGCCCCGGAGUCCCUUCCAACCGGACUGCCAGUCGUUGGAUGGCUCUGAGGAGGGCUCCUUCAACAAGUACCAGCUCUUCAUGCAGAGACCGAGCUGCAAAACUCCUCCCGAAGGAGGCAAGCUGCUGCCGGACAGCGGACUCAACAACGGGACGCUCAUCUCCUGCUACGGAAAAGACAACAGCGGCCUGACAGAGACUGAGUUGCCCCCUAGUGUCGACCCUCCCGGGAUGGAAGGCAGCUACCUGAACCUAAAGGCGCCUGGCGAGAAGGGGCUGAGCGAGCGGCCAGGCUCGGACUUUUCCAGCCCUCUGGACAAAAGUGAGGCCGAGAGCAACAAAGGCAAGAAGAGACGCAAUCGCACCACGUUCACCAGCUACCAGCUGGAGGAGCUGGAGAAGGUUUUCCAGAAGACACAUUACCCAGAUGUUUAUGCCCGCGAGCAGCUGGCACUGAGGACGGACUUGACGGAGGCACGUGUACAGGUGUGGUUCCAGAAUCGCAGAGCCAAGUGGAGGAAGAGGGAGCGUUAUGGCCAGAUGCAACAGGUCCGGACACACUUCUCUACUGCGUACGAGCUGCCUCUACUGACUCGGCCCGAGAACUAUGCACAGAUCCAGAACCCGUCGUGGAUCGGGAGCAGCAGUGGAGCAUCUCCAGUGCCGGGUUGCGUUGUGCCUUGUGACACCGUCCCCUCCUGCAUGCCGCCUCACCCUCACGGUCCCGGAGGCGUCUCUGACUUCCUGGGCGUGCCCAGUCCAGGGAGCAGCCACAUGGGACAGACACACAUGGGCAGCCUUUUUGGGGGUCAUGGGAUGGGCGGGGGAAUCAAUGGCUACGAUCUCAAUCUGGAUCCAGAUCGCAAGUCUUCCAGCAUAGCUGCGCUGCGUAUGAAGGCCAAGGAACACAGUGCGGCCAUCUCUUGGGCUACAUGAUGCCUCAGCCCAGAUCCACCCUGCUCCCCAUAUGGCCCUCCUUUCUGGAGCAGCCAUCAGCAAGCGCUGUAGGGGGAGUUUUCCUGAGAGCACUAACGAUAACACAGGUCAAAUGAACAGGGAGAGACUGUGGAGAUAACAGAGGCCAUUACAGCGGCCAAUGUAACCAAGAUAACAACUGUGACUGUGACAAUCAGCAGAUGCUGAGAGUGAGAGAAAUACAGAGGUGUGACUCAGAAGAAGAUGUUCAUUCUUGAUUCCUUGAUCUCUCAGGGCUCACUGAAAUACGGGGUUUAGUCCCCGAUAAACUGGGUAUAUUUCUUGAUAGUCAUAGGUUUCAGUAGAAGCAAUAUAAUAAAUAUGGUUUACAAUCAUAGAAUACAGGAAUGCAAUGCCAAAGCCAGCCACAUCAUACAGUAUUUUAAUUUACAGAAGAUUCAUGUUAUUUACUUCCUGUAGCUUAUUUUUUAUGCCACCCAUCCUGCCCCACUCAUUUUGUUUGUGUUACUUUAGACUUGUUUCUCAUACUGUAUACACGAGUUCAAGUACAUAUCUGAACAUUCAGUAUUUUAAAAGCCAUUUAAAAAAACAGGGCUUAGAUGGAUACUAAUUACUGAGAAUUUAUAUUCUGUCACUUGCCAUUGCAAACUGUCCUUAAUUGGUUAUAAAAGAAAACAUUAAUUUUGCGGUGGGUAGUUUAUGUCCCUGCAAAGAAUGAAUAAGUGAACAGAGUCUAAUUGAGUGAGAGCAGACAUGGCCUGUGCCAAUUUAUUCCGGGAGGAGGGCAGGCACUGGAUUGGCAGCAAUUUCAAACCAACGUGUCAUUUCCUCCCCCAGGCCUGCCUCCACAGGUUCCCCCGCUAGGCUCAGGCCUCAGGUUACAGGAAACACGGUCUCCACCGGCAGACAAGGCGCAGCAACGCACAGCAGCAGCCUUCAACACCAACUAGCCAUGCCAGCUUCAAUCAGGAAUAGACACACUUAAUUAGCAUCAAAGUGAGCCGUCCUGGCCUGCGAACACCGCAGUACAUCACAGCGUACACGGUGAGGACAUACUGCACGCACAGCUCCACACGCUGUAACAAUCAAUUCAUCGUCAGACGUGGGCUCAGCAGAGAUGACUCUUGGAUUUGUAGCUCGCUCACAGAAUCCAUCACAUGCCAGAGACUGCAGGCCAAAUCAGUGGCCCCAAUCGUCCCGAGUAGCAUUCUGUAAUGUUUAGGUAAUGUGAUGACUUUAGAGCCGGACGGCAGGAAUGUGGUGAAUAUGUCCAGUGAUUGCAGGGGUGUCUCGGUGUGUCACCAGAGCUGGGCUGCAGGCUGAGGCUAGAGACAGGCUUCAUUAGUCUUUUGGCUGAUCUCUCUGUGACGCCCGCUGGGCCACAUAUCCGUUUUCUUUCCCCAGUGAGGACGAUGGCAGGAGAGUCAGUUUCCGCUCCUCAUAGCUGGUUGAUCAUUGUAACAUAUGAGUGUAACAAGCCUCCUGCUUGAGAGUAGGACUGCAACUAACAGCUAUAUUCAGUAUUGAUUCAUUUUCUUGAUUGGCCGAUUAAUUAUUUGGUUUAUAAAAAGCCAGAAAAUUGUGAAAACUCACAAUUCUCCUAAAACCCAAAUGUCACAUCUUCAAAUGUCUUGUUUCGUUGCCCCAAACCCCAAAAUAUUCAGUUUACUUAUCUUACUCAGGUAAGAUAAAGAAUAGCAGCAAAGCGAAAAGGCUGGAAGCAAGCAGAUAAUAUUUGCCUUUUGUGAAUGAAAAAUUAUUUUAAAAGGUCGAGUGUGUAGGAUCUGGCGGCAUCUAGCGGUGAAGUUGCAGAUUGCAACUGAAUUUUCUCCUGUGUGCCAAGUGUGUAGGAGUACUACAGUGGCUGAUGCGAAAACAUGAAUGGCCCUCUCUAGAGCCAGUGUUUAGUUUGUCCGUUCUGGGCUACUGUAGAAACAUGGCGGCCGGCUCCGUGAAGAGAACCCGCUCCGUAAGUAGAUAUUAACGGCUCAUUCUAAGCAAACUAAAACACAAUAAUUCUUAUUUUCAGGUGAUUAUACACUAAAGAAAACAUACUUAUUAGGGCUGUCAAUCGAUUCAAAUAUUUAAUCACGAUUAAG